UUCAUAGUCACGUGAUACGUGUCUAACUAAUAGGAUGUCAGAAUAGCAGACGGAAAUCAUAUUAUAAAUGUUACAUAUCAUAAUAGUUUAUUAAGUAGAAAAAGAUACACAACUUUGGUCAUACAAAGCAAAUUGGAAACUAUGUUGCAGCUCAUGAAAAUUGUGUUAUUUGGAACAUUGCUUCACUGUAUGAGCGCAAUACCAAGUCCAGUUAGUGGCAUCAAAGAUGAGCUGAAUAAGUUCAUGAAUGAUUAUGCAGAUGCUUUGCUGUUGCCUAAAUGUGCCACCCCUGUAAAUACUGACUGUUCAUAUGCCAGGACAUUUUGGGCAGAGGAUGCAAUCCUAGCUGUACCAGGCUGGAGAAGUGGAGUUGGGAGAGAUGGAGUCAUGCACCUUUUGGAGGUACUAGUAAAGUCCAAAAAUCCUUAUUUACACAUCAGAGUUACUUUUGAUGAGCAUAUCAAAGAGGACAAACAGAGUGCCACUGGAUAUGGUCAUGGGACUGUAUAUUCAAAGGAUGAAACAGGGGCACUGAAAAAGCUUGCUGAUAUGCGUUGCCUGCUCCAUUUUCUUAAGGUAGAUGAUAGGAAAAAGUACAAGAUCCAGUACUGGGUUGAAAACAUUGUCCAUUCAGGCGAAGAUAAGAGAACAACAUAAGCCUUGUUCCAUCCAAGGCUUUCAUUUAUUCAUGUGAAGAAAUCAUUUAUGUGUGCUACAAUACCAAAUGUAUUGGAUGUUUCAUUAGAUUUCUCAGACAUCUACAUGUAUAUCUUUAAAUCUAAAUUACUUUUAACUGUAUUACCUGUACCUUCGUUUACUUCCCUGAAUAAUAAAAAUAAAUCUACAGAUUAGAUUUGAUUAUGUUUUUGUUU